GUACUAGUAAAAUUCUAUUUUCUCGCAGAUAACAGCCGCUCUUUGCUCUUUUUUCUUUCAGCAUACUAAUUUGCAGAUUCAAUGAUGACGAUGGAGCUGAAUAAGCAUGAUGCGGAGGUUUGUAAUGAUGAUAAUAAUAAACUGCCCUCUCUAUCUGCAAAAUAUCCAUGGUUUGUUGUUCAGGACCUGGAAGACCUUACUCACCAGUUUUUCUCCACCCUUCACAACCCGAUGUUUAAAUAUCAGUGUCAAGUCUCUCCGUUGUCCGGGAAUCGUAUCCGAGGUUGUUUCCAUGGGUGGAUCAUUCUCUCAAACCAUCCACACAACAAUAUUUGGUCUCUUUGGAACCCCUCAUCUGCUCCUAACACCAUAACUCUCCCUCCUUUGUUAUUGAAAGACGGAGAUUAUGAUUCUAUCCGUGAAUGUUGUUUGUCUGCUCCUCCAUAUAAUCCUACUUCAGUUCUCCUCUUAAUGAUUUCCAAUAAGCGUACCUUUGUUUUUUGUCAAGUAUCCCCUAAAAGAAAGAAAAGCCUUAGGAAAAAGCCAAGAUGAACCGAGAUGUCAUAUGCUUACCAACUCAAGAGAUUAACCUGGGAUGGUCAUUUACUACAUAGCCUAACUUGUUGCAAUGGUCAAAUAUAUGCUUUAUGUAGUGAAAAUAGUAUUACUCCAAUGGUCAUACGGGUUGAAAUUGUAGUCAAGGAUAAAGACGUUGUGAUACAACUAAUAGCAGUUGGGGAAGCCACUCUUCUUCCCUGUCGUUGUCCUAAACAGCUUUUUUUUUUCUGACAGGAAAUUGUACAGAGUUGUUCCUCAUUGUAGUUGGUUUUCAUACGGAAGCUGACAGAAUUCCUAGUGAUGUGUAUCUGUUUAAAUUAGACAUGGCUAGUAUAAAUUGGAAAGCCUUGGAAUGCCUCAAAAACUGGGACAUGUCUGGUCUUGAAGAACCUGAUCAAAGCGUUGUAGGUUACCUUCUCGACUUGGCUAUUAUUGAAGAUCUGUGGGAAGAAGUACAAGUCCUUAAAGACACCAUAUUUGUUGUUGAUGUUGCUCAUGAUAACUUGGAAUAUUACAACCCUGGAAUUGCCUCGGAUUUAGGGGGGUAUAUACACAUUCUUGACAAAAUGGACAAAGUAAUAUAUUCUUAUCACCUCACUAAAAAAACCAUUGUUCGAUCUCCCAUGCCUUCCUCAGUGCUGUCAACAAGCCACAUGUCAAUGUGGGAAUGCUGGUUAGAAGAUGACCAUAGAGAAGCCAAAUUCAUAGUUGAUUCUAAACAAGAAGAAGACGAGAUGGUGAUUAACUUAAUAUCAGACAAUGAGGUUGAAGUUGCUGAAUCACGCUUGCUUGAUAUUCCAUUUGAUGUUCUGGAGAUGCUGAUGAAGAUUUGUGUUGGAGUGGAAUACAUGAACUUUCGUGCUACAUGCAAACGUUGCCAUCUAGCGGCACGUACGAUACAAUGGCGCGACCAUACAUCAUUAAUGAGAUUACAGGAUUAUUCACUAGGCUCGCCUUGGCUGAUGGUUGUAGACCAAAUUCAAGGCAUUAUCACUUUCACAGAUCCGAUGUUGGGUGACAACUACUUUAUGCGAUGUUCACAGUUACCGAUUGCUGAUGAAACAAUAUGUUGUUCCAGGUUUGGCUGGUUGCUGUUUAAGACCAGUGACUUCUGCCCAGCGUUUUUUAACCCCUUCACUAAUGAUCUCUGCGAGCUUCCAGAAACGCGUAUUGCUGUAAUUUCCUUUUGGUUUUCAGCCCCGCCUAGUUCACCUGAAUGUAUGGUUGUUGGAUUUGCAUCUUCAAGAGUUCUCAUUCUUCAUGUAGCCCAAGAAACACCCUGGCUGGAGUUUGAUCUACUUGUGCAAGGGAAUAUCCAAUUUGUUUUCCAACCUUCCAUGGUGAAGGUCUUUAUGCAUUGCACAAGACGGGAACACUUAUGGUUUUCAGAGAUUUGGGUAAAGAUAAUGUCUCUUGGGAAAUUUUCAAUACCCAAGCCCCAAAAAGUUGUAGCUGCUCUCAGUCACAAUAUUUUUUGGUAAAAUGUGACCAACAUCUUUUACUAGUUGUUAUCGGCGGGUUUGGAGAAUCCAUUGAGGUAUUCAAGUUGAACGAAUCUACACAAGAAUGGGAAAAAGUAAAUGGUGUAGGAAAGCACGUGAUUUAUAUUUGUGAUACAACAUGUCUCUGCAUUGAAGCUAAAAUACCAGAAAUGGAGAACAAGAUCUUCCUUUCACAACUGAGUUCUAGAAACAAGAAAAUAGUGUUUUAUUCACUUGAAACAUGCACGUUUCACACAUUCAAUGAUACAAGCAUCCAAGAAAAAUUCGGGGAUGCCUUCCCAAUUAGACAUCUUUCUGCUCAUACUUGGAUCGAACCAAGUUGGUUGGAUUCGCCGCAUCACCAAAAGAAGUACAGGAAAAAGAGCAUCUGAACAGUAUUGUGAUCAAAGUGUAUAUUAGCUUAUUCUAAUAAAGCUGCCAUGGAGACGAAGUUGACUAUGCAUCUUGAUUUUUUGAAAGGAGCCAGAGUCCAGAAAAGGAGAAUAAGUGCAUUAAGUUUAUCUUUCAAAGUUGAAACGGCUAGCUGACUUUAUUGCUAAUUAAUAUUGGGGUUUGCUAAAUAUAGCCUUAGGGCUGCGUUUGAGGUGCAUAAAUUGUUUGUACAUUUACCAUGAAAAUCAAGGGGCAGACUUUUAAUAUGGAAGGUACAAAUAUUUUUAUGCACGUUAAAUACAGUCCUAAAGGCUGUAUUUAGCAUUUCCCAUUAAUAUUUUUAUGUUUGUAUCAUUAAAGAGAAUAAGUCCAGACAAUGUUCUUUUUACUCUUUCAGUUUUUUAUUAUUUGUAUAUCUAUUCUGUAUCUGUAUCUGUGUCCUUGAUAAAGGAAGAUUUUAAUUUGGACAAGUAAAUUUCUUCAAUGUACUUUAAGAUGUAAAACACCCCAGAUCUCUCUAUUCAUAUAUAUUGGUAUUUUUUGAACUGCAAA